GAGAGAGAGAGAGAGAGAGAAGGGGGCGAAGGACGCGCGGCGGGGUCGCCUGGGGAGGCCGCCCGCCCGCCCGCCAUGUGAGGCUGUUUUCUCCGGGGGCAGCUCGCUGAUGAAAUGGAGCCGGGGGCGAGUUCUUUCCGCGUCGAAUUCCCCGACUUCUGCAGCACCGUCCUGCAGAAGCUCAACCAGCAGCGCCAGCAAGGCCAGCUGUGCGAUGUCUCCAUCGUGGUCCAGGGCCACCUCUUCCGAGCCCACAAGGCCGUCCUGGCCGCCAGCUCCCCUUACUUCUGCGACCAGGUGCUGCUGAAGAACAGCCGGCGGAUCGUCCUCCCUGACGUCAUGAACCCCAGAGUCUUUGAGAAUAUCCUCCUGUCGACCUACACGGGCCGGCUCGUCAUGCCCGCCCCGGAAAUUGUCAGCUACUUGACGGCGGCCAGUUUCCUCCAGAUGUGGCACGUGGUGGACAAAUGCACAGAGGUGUUGGAAGGAAACCCUUCAGUCCUCUGCCAAAAGCUCAACCGAGCCAGCGACCACCAGUCUCCGAGCAGUAGUAGCUACAACGGCCUGGCGGAAAGCUUUGAGCUGGGGGGAGCAGGCCAGGCGGAUUUCCACAAAGUGCAGGAACUGAGGGACGGGGAAAACGAAGAGGAGAGCUCCAAGGACGAGCUGCUCUCCCAACUGACCGAACACGAGUACCUCCCAAGCAAUUCUUCCACAGAACAUGACCGGCUGAGCACUGGGAUGGCCAGCCAGGAUGGAGAAGAAGGCGUCAGCGACAGCACCGACUAUCCGUACGCCCGGCCUCUGUACAUCAAGCCCAGCAUCAUGUCUCACAAGCGAUGGAUCCACGUCAAGACGGAGAGGUUCGUCCAGGACUGCGAAGGGGUGGAAAUGCACGACGAGCACCAGGUCUCUGAGUCGGGGAACGUCAUUCAGCCGGACCGCUCAGUCCAGACCAGCCUUGGGGAAGGUCUCCGGGCCAACGAGAGGAAAGUGGGGGUGGAAUUUGGGGACCCGGCCAGCGAGGGCAACUACGACGAGCAUGUCGACUUCUACGGCUCUUCCAUGGAAGAGUUUUCCGGGGAAAGGAACGACGGGGCGCCUCUCAGCCUUCAUGGGCCGGAGGCUUCGGGUUACGGAGAAAACGUGGACCUUCCCUCGGGGAUCAAGGAGGAGAGCGCCCUCUCCGGCUUUUCGGCCACCGACAAACUUUACCCCUGCCAGUGUGGCAAGAGCUUCACCCACAAAAGCCAGAGGGACCGUCACAUGGGCAUGCACCUGGGACUCCGGCCGUACGGUUGCGGCGUGUGCGGUAAAAAGUUCAAGAUGAAACACCACCUGGUGGGCCACAUGAAGAUCCACACGGGCAUCAAACCGUACGAGUGCAACAUCUGUGGGAAAAGGUUCAUGUGGAGGGACAGUUUCCACCGGCACGUCACUUCCUGCACCAAAUCUUACCAGACUUGCAAAAUGGAGCAGAACGCUGCUAAAAUGAACUAGGGAGUGGGGCCUGGGAGAGCCACGAAUGGCUUAACCGGGCGAGCGGCCGUGUCGGCACAGCCCUUGAUCAGACCAUGGCUUAUUUUGGACAAGCGGAAUGGCCACCUGUCCCCACAGCCUCGUGCGGGAGGCCUUGCUGCUUUUGAGGGGGUGGGUUCCAAAUAAACCCGGGUAGGGGGGCAGGACCCCCUUUUAAGGUGUCCAUGAGGAUCCCUGCCCUGAGACUGCAAACAGACCAGCCAGUUGGCUUCGUGGUACUUGCUCCCUACUUAACAAUUCCUGCGGUUUAAUUUGUGCUUUGGGUUCUCUCCGAUAGGAAUGCCAAGGUCGCUUCUUGCUUGGAAUUCAUCUCAGUAGAAUUUGGAUCGAUUCUUUUCAGGUUCGGCGGGAAUGCAUAGGACGGGGUGGUGGUCUCCUUUGACGGCGCUCCCCAGUUAGCGGUGUUUGAAUUGAAGCUAGUGAAGGAGAGGUGUGAGCGCUUGCUUGCUGAGAACCAAAGGGUGAGUGGGUGGGUUCAGUUUGUCUCCAAAAGCACAUUGCUGGGUAAUUUUCAAGGGCAAGACUUAUUAUCAUCACCAUCAAAUUGUUAAUUAUUCUUAUCAAAUUUAUUUGCCACCCGUCUCGCACUCCAAGGCAAUUCUGAAGUUCUGUCCAACUUCUUUGAGUUCCAAGAUUCUGAGUUCCAUUGACUGACUUGAACCCUAGAAAACACGUCAGCAGGGAUCUCUUUGCCAACACUGUAAUUUGCUAAUGUACAGAAGCACUUUGUAUUUAAAGCAAAGCAAAGCAAACAAACAAAAAUAUAUAUAAUAUUUUUAGAACGUGUAUACACACACACACAUAUUCCCUCUGGUUUAAUUUCUAAUUCAUGUUGUUUGGUCUGUUUUUUCUUAUUUCUUGUUUGAAAUUUUAUAAGGUUGAGAAGUUUUGUGUUUACACAAGGGUCGGUACUAGCUGGGUUUCGUUUUGUUUUGUUGAGGAAAAGUAAGAUCCUAAGGAUCUGGUUCUUUUGAGUUUUGUUUCCAAAAUCAAACAGAAGCAAAAAAAAAAAAAAAUAUGUCACUGCCUUAGAAUGUUCUGGAGGCCUUUUCUCUAAUCUCUCAGAAUCUCCCCAAUUUUUCAUUUAUAUAUAGAUGCUUCCAAUUGUGCAGGAACUAACUUUUCCUCAAACAUCCAUCCAUCCAUGUAUAUUUAUAUUUAACUUCAAAUAUUAUACAUGGAUGUAUGUAUGGUUUUUUUGUGUGUGAGGGAAAGUUAGUUCCUGAGCAAUUGGAGGGUAUCAACACAGGUCAAAAUGCCAGAGGUUUAAUCCAUGGGGAAAUGGUUCUCUUAACUGCCAUUGAGCUAAUAUGCAAAGAUAGUUAUGCUGCAUUUUUCAUGUAAUUUAAUGCAGAAAGGGAUUGUAUGCUACCCUAACACUUCUCUUGGCCAAAAGUUGACAGUGGAAACCAGACACAGUUACUGGAAGAACUAUGAUUUUGGACAUGUAGGGAAAUUCUCAACCAUUCAGCUCAUGGUUGUCCCAAAGGUGUUUCUUUUUCAAAAGGCAAUUGGACUUUCUUGGUUUUUAUUUUUCCCUUUAAAAUGAUCCUAGAAGCUUCUUGGAGAGAACUGAAGAAGCUCCUUGGAUGAGAAGCAGAACGUUUUCGGGGGGACGGGGGGGACACCCCAAGAAGGUUCAGUUACCUUUUGGAAAAAAAACAAAAAUCUUUGGGGAUAUGCUUGUGCACUUUGAACAUGAUGCUUCAGAUAGGAACAGAGAGACAAUUCUUUCGUUGUUUCCCAUGUGGAAUAAAACUUAAGAUAUUUGUCAUCUGCUGGCAACAGUUCCAGGCAGAAUUGGUGUGCAAUCGAUAGUCCUCUCCUUCGCCUCUCGAGAUGGCAGUUGCAAUUAAGGAAAACUAGAUAAAAUGCCCGAAGUGUAGAAAUAGGUUAUUUCCACAUAGGCCAGGAUUCUGUGCAUGGUAAGGGAAUUGCAGCACGUAUUCCCUCUCUUGUGCUGUGCUAAAUUCCAACUGUACAUCUUCAUGAGUGACGCCUGCCUUGCAACUAAUCCAAGAGAAGGGAUUGUGGACAAUUUGUCAGUUCAGUGUGCUCAUGAAGGGGCUGGCGUGAUAAUGGCACACUUGGCUUUGAGCCCAUCUUACUAACAAAACUAAAAUUUUCUCUAGAAAAUUUUCCUUUUGCGGGAAAGGAAAAUACCCCAUGAAUUUUACCUGCCGUUCCUUUUUGCAAUCUCCCUUUUCUUUCAGAUAUCUGCUGCUAAGCUGGGGGGGGGGGUAAUCUUUUCCCCUCCAUUCUGGUGCAAUUUGGAUAGUAAUCCAUAGUCUGCUUUCCGGCGAAGGCAAAAACUGCUGGGUUUGGGAAAUGUAUUCUUAUUUCUAAUCCUUAAAGGAUUUUAGAGGCAUGCAAACAUGGCAUGUUUCCCAAAUCCGAGACUGUAAAUAUUAUAUUGUAAAAUUCACCAUUGGCCUCUUUUUGUGUUGUUGUUUUUUUUAAAGGGCAUCUAUGUUAAACAUGUUUUUGGGCAGAUGAUAUUUCUAAACCUGAGAGUCUAUUUUUUUUAAAGAAAGAUACUUGUUUUAUCUAGGAUUAUAGAAUACUAAAAACCACCCAGAAAGGAUUUGUGCUUUUUU